AUGGUACCAGAGUCUAUCUCAAAUUCUUCCAAACUGAUUGACCUUGAACUCAGUUACAACUAUUUUAGUGGCUCCAUUCCAAGAUCUUUGGGAAAUCUAAGGUAUCUACAGCUUCUGUCCAUGCAAAAUAACACCCUUCAUUAUGAGCCAUCCGUGGAAGAGCCCAGCAUCAUCGAUUUCUUGACAAGGUUUCGAUAUUUGAGGGAAUUAAGGAUCACUUUCAAUCCUCUUAUUGGCGGCGCUCUAUCCACUUCUGUCGGGAAUCUUUCAUCUGCUUUUGAGAUCUUUGUUGCCGCUGGCUGCGGGUUGAAGGGAAACAUACCAACUCAGAUUGGGAACUUGAGAAACUUGAUUGAGUUGACUAUAUCUUUCAAUGACUUAUUUGGGUUCAUUCCGACAACCUUGGAUAGGCUGCAACAGCUUCAGAAAUUGGAACUGGACAACAACAAACUGAGAGGGCCCCUUCCGACCAGCCUUUGCAGGCUACGAAACCUAGGAUUGUUGUCUUUGAGCUUCAACCAAAUGUCAGAUGGGAUACCUGAAUGCUUGAGUAAUCUCUCUUUCUUGCGAGAGCUUUACAUUGAUCAUAAUAGGUUUAGUUUUGGGAUACCACAAAGCUUUUGGGACCUCAAAGGUUUGUUAAGAGUUGAUAUGUCCGCAAAUUCCUUAAAUGGAUCGUUGUCGGUUGACGUUGUCAAGUUUGAGGAUGUUAUACAUUUGAAUCUAUCAAAUAAUCAGUUCUCUGGGAACAUACCUCCCUCAGUCACAGAAAUGCAAAAUUUGGAGAUUCUUCUCCUUGCCAAUAACAAACUGCAAGGACCCAUUCCAGAGUUCAAAGAACCAACUAUAGCAUUGGAAUUCCUGGACAUAUCCCAUAACACACUAACUGGUGUAAUCCCAAAGUCUUUGGAAAACCUUAAAAACCUCAAAUACCUCAACCUGUCGUUCAACAACUUGAGCGGCGAAAUCCCUUCUGGCGGUUCUUUACGAAACUUAACGAGGCAGUCUUUCAUGUUUAAUGAAGCACUCUGCGGAAGUCCUAGGUUUGGUGUCCCGACAUGCCCAUCACCUCAUCCACACUCAAGAAACAAAAAAGUAUUUGUGUUGUUAGGAGCCCUGAGUUUAUUGUUCUUCAUCGUUAUUGCAUUCUUGUUGGUGAGAAGAUAUAGAAAGAAGAACAUUUCUCAAAGUGAAACAGAUCAAUUGUUCCUACGGGAGCCAACAAGAAUUUCAUAUUAUGAACUUGUGCAAGCAACUGCAAGUUUUAGCCAAAGCAAUCUUUUAGGUUCUGGAAGCUUUGGCUCUGUUUACAAAGGGAUUCUAAAUUCUGGGAUGGUUGUUGCCAUCAAAGUGUUCAAUCAAUCAGAACAUGCACAAAGAAGUCUUGAAGUUGAGUGUCAAGUGUUAAAAAAUUUGCGCCAUCGAAACCUCACUAAGAUUAUUACUGGCUGCUUUGGAGAUAACUUUAAAGCCCUAGUCAUCGAAUACAUGCCUAAUGGAAAUCUUGAGGAGUGGUUGUACUCUGAAACCAAUUUCUUAAAUAUUUUGCAAAGGCUAAAUAUAAUGAUGGAUGUAGCUUCAGCACUGGAAUAUCUCCAUUAUGGUUAUUUUACUCCGGUGGCUCAUUGUGAUAUAAAGCCUAGUAAUGUCCUCUUGGAUGAAGAAAUGGUGGCCCAUGUUAGUGACUUUAGCAUAACGAAACUGUUUGCAGGUGAAGAUGAGACUUUUCUCCACACUAAAACACUGGCAACUUUGGGUUACAUGGCACCAGAGUAUGGAACGCAUGGACGAGUAUCGAUAUCAUGUGAUGUUUAUAGUUUUGGGAUUAUGAUGAUGGAAAUGUUUUCAAGAAAAAAGCCCACAGAUGAGAUGUUCACGGAAGAGAUGAGCCUAACAAGUUGGGUAAGGGAUGCGUUGCCUUAUCCAGGGCCGGAUUUUAGGUUUUUAAGUGCAACAUACUGCAUGCAUUCAAUGUUUUUCUUCGACCUCUUUUGGAUUGGACGCAUCGGUGAUCGUCUCCCAGACAUAGAUACUGUUGUAUCGAACUGGAUGGAUAGGCCACCUCUGUUGGAUGGUAAUAAUUUCUCAUUCCGGAAAGCCAGAAUGGAAAUCUAUCUUCAAGCCCAAGGAGCUAGAGUGUGGCGUUCUGUAAUUACUAGUUGGACACCCCCUACAAAAAACGGACUGAUGCGUACGACAGUCUGUAAACCAGUAGAGGAAUGGUCAAUUAAUGAAUUAUCUCUCUCAGAUUACAAUAGCAAAGCAUUGAAUUCAAUUGUGGGAUCAUUAUAUGAGUCUGUAUUCACCCAAGUCACUGGUGUGAAAGAAGCCAAGAAGGUGUGGGAGAUCUUGCAAACUCGAUACGAAGGAACCGAUGAUGUAAAGCAGUCAAAUUACGAAUGGUUCUUUCAGAAUUCGAAGCCCUGA